AUGCCGAUGCAGCCUUUGCAGACACGUUCCUCUCUUUCAGCCGUCAGUGAAACAGGACAACACCCUCCCGCGAGUAUCAACUCCCAACUCCAUUUGUAUUCUUCGAGAGGGCAUUGUUUUGAUAGCAAUGCGCACAUUCAGGAUGGCUCCAUGCUUGAAGUAACCAAUGGUUAUACCUCACAUCUUCGCAGGACGACCAGUGGAGAUGCCAUAUCCUCAUUUCAGUCUAGCUCAGGAUUUAACGAGACCAAAAAUACUCCGAUAAGGAAUCUCUUCAAUCCGUCGACACACGCUGCGCGUCCUACUUCCAACGUCUUUGCUCAUACCCACUCAACUACCGAGCAAAUUCAAACCCCCGGACAGAGUCAAACAUUCAUCGAAAGCCCCCGAAGCGAAACAACGCAUUAUUAUGCCCCAGCUCACUAUCGCCAGCAUUUGAUUAUACCUGAUCCGGCUACAGUUGGAAUUUCUCACAGAAGUGAUGGACACCAAGUUGAGCUUGCCGAAGGCCGUCCCAUCCCCCAAGGCGACUUCUCUCCUCAUUCUCAUGCCAACAUUGGCGACACUAGCCUUCCCGCCCAUGUCGCUUCCGUGAAGCCUCUCAGUGCAAGUGACUGUCGAGGUUCUCAUAUCCAUCCUUCGUCUGCUGCCACAUACCCGCCUCAGCGGAUACCAUGCUCUUGGUCGACUUGCCGCGUUCUACUUGAUGAUGUUUCCAUUGGUGGAUUUCGACGACAUCUCUUAGCCUUUCAUAAGGCCGAAGCCGUAUCGGAAUUCAAGAAAUAA